ACACAGACAAGCACGCUCACAAGCAGCGCACCCGAGGUCCCUCGAAGUGCGAGGGUUUCUUCGGCCUCGCGCACUCGCGCGUCCUCCUUCGCGCUACGCCGAUCCUCCGCACGCCGUGGUCUUCCCCGCCAUCGCCACUGCCAGAUCGGUGCGUGUCGCGGUGGAGCGCAGCGUGGAGGGCCGGGCGCCAUGUCGACCCCAUCCAGGAAGCGUUUGAUGCGCGACUUCAAGCGCCUGCAGCAUGAUCCUCCGGCCGGCAUCAGCGGCGCCCCGCAGGACAACAACAUCAUGUUGUGGAAUGCUGUCAUAUUCGGUCCUGAUGACACCCCGUGGGAUGGAGGAACGUUCAAGUUGACGUUGCAAUUUACUGAGGAUUACCCGAAUAAGCCUCCCACAGUGCGCUUUGUCUCAAAGAUGUUUCACCCUAACAUAUAUGCGGACGGUAGCAUCUGCUUAGAUAUCCUGCAAAAUCAGUGGAGCCCGAUCUACGACGUGGCAGCGAUUUUGACUUCGAUUCAGUCUUUGCUGUGCGACCCAAACCCGAAUUCACCAGCGAACUCGGAGGCUGCCCGCAUGUACAGCGAGAAUCGGCGUGAGUACAACCGGAGGGUACGCGAGAUCGUGGAGCAAAGCUGGACAGCAGAGUGAACGAAGGGAGUUCGAACUGUCGCUGGUUUUCCAUCAUCCGUUCGAAGAGAAAGGUCUAUUUUGCUGGGGUUGUUGGGAAGUUGAACCUGAAGAGGGGAGGGAGCGGUCACAGGAUCGCAAGCUGGAACUUCCGAGCUCCACCGAGUAUCGCGUUAUUACUCUUUGUUGGGAAGAACUCUUGAGUUGGAGGUUUGGUGAUAUUUGUAUCGGUUAUUUCUGGUGUGACUCGUACGUGUGGAGAUACCAAUCCUUGAGUCUUGCACCUGGAGUUGGAGUAUAUAUGUGUAAUUUUGGUUUGUAGAGUGCAAAUGGUGGUUUUAUUCCAGUUUGACACAGCCUCUUCUGCUGUUGGUUAGGGUAGUGGCUGGGUGACGAGCACUCUUUUCGGCUUUGGUAUGUGUCGACUUUUAAUCGCGUUUAUGGAUUACGUGUAAGAAUUUAAAUUGUUGAUUAAAUUUCUGAUUUUGGAUUAUUUCA